AUGCCCUCCAACGAAUCCUUCACGCAAAUGCCCAUGGCCGACAAAGACCUCGAGUCGAUCGGCCGCCACUGCCAAUUCGAAUACUGCCACCAGCUCGACUUCCUCCCCUUCCGCUGCGAAUCCUGCCGCGGCACCUUCUGCCUCGACCACCGCACCGAGACCGCGCACCGCUGCCCGCGCGCCGGCGAAUGGGCCCGCCGCCGCUCGCCCAACGCCUCCUCCACCUCCUCCUCCUCCGCCACACAAAAACCCACCAUCUACAACUCCGACCAGUGCGCACACCUGCACUGCAAAACGCUCAUCAACACCCUCACCGAUCCGGGCGUGCGCUGCCCGGACUGUCGCGCGCAGUACUGUCUCAAACACCGUCUGCCGGAGGAGCACGACUGCGCCAAGGUUGCCGCGGCGCGGCGCGCGGGGACAGGCGCAGGCGCCACCCCCAACGAGACGAUCCGGUCGAUGUUUGCGCGCGUGCGCACCUGGGGCAAGGACAAGAGCCAGGGGAUAUCUGCCGCCGCUACCGCGGCCGCUGCGGCAAAGCCCAAGGCGAAGACGAAAAGCGGGAGCGUGGUGCAGCUGAACGCGAUGAAGAAGGCGGCCAAGGGCGACGCGGGCGUGCCGGCGGACCAGCGGCUGUAUGUGCAUGUCGUCGGGACGGCGGAGACGACUGGCAGCGCGAAGGAGCCGCCGGCGGGGGAUUUCUGGUUCGAUGCGCGAUGGAAGGUUGGGCGGGUGCUGGAUGAUGCGGCGCGGCGGCUGCGGGUGGAGAAUGUGAAUAAUCGGGCGGGCGAGGAGGAGCGCUUGCGCGUGUUCCAUGUGGAGAGUGGGGAGUUUCUGGAGUUUUCGGAGACGGUGGGCGGGGGGAAGUCGUAUGGGAAUGCGUAUAUAAAUGUAGGAUGUCUACACGCUCAUGUUCAUUUUGAUCGUCUUGUGCGGCUGGUAGUUGAGCACCUCGAAUUCCUCCGCCUUCCACCCGUCGAUCACGCCGCUGCCGCGGUCGUCGCGCUUGAUGCGCAGCUCUGGGAAUUCUGUUGGCACGCGAUCAAGCUGCUCCUGCAGGGGCUCGAUGUGGUCGCAGUAGAUAUGGGUGUCGCCCAUGGUGUGGAUGAAAGAGCCAGGGUUGAGGUCGGCGGCGUGGGCGAGCAUGUGCGUGAGGAGGGCGUAGGAGGCGAUGUUGAAGGGGAGGCCGAGGGCGGUAUCGACAGACCGUUGGUACAUCAGACACGAAAGCGACCCCUUCUUGUCGGGGCCGUCGGGGAACGAGACGUAGAACUGGGCGAACAUGUGGCAAGGGGGCAGGGCCAUCUUGGACAGGUCGGCAGGGUUCCAAGCGGAGAGGACGAUGCGGCGGUCGAAGGGGGCCUCCUUCAGCUUGCGCACGACGUCGGCCAGCUGGUCGACGCCCUGACCCGUGUAGUCGGUGUUGGCGUCGACGUACUCAGCGCCAAAGUGGCGCCACUGGAACCCGUAGACGGGGCCCAGGUCGCCAACUUCGCGGUGCGACAGGCCCAUCUUGUCGAGGAACUCGCGGCUGCCGUUGCCGUCCCAGAUCUUGACGCCCUGGUCCGACAGCGGCUGCGAGGACGUGCAGCCCGAGAUGAACCAGAGAAGCUCGGCGAUGACGCCGCGGAGGAAGACGCGCUUGGUGGUGAGGAGGGGGAGGAUGGGGACGACGGUGCCGUCUUCACUGCGCUUGGAGAGGGAGAAGCGGAGUUGCGGGGGAGCAAAGAUGGCUUUUGUUCCGGUGCCGGUGCGAUCAGCGCGGUAUUCGCCUUCGGCCAUGAUGGUGCGGAUUAG